UCCUCCUCCGUUGCGCGAUGAAGUGCUGGUUCUCCUGCAACCACCGCUGCCGCAGAUCCCGCUACGAGGAAGACCACAGGCUGUCGGAAAUCAGGGAGGAGGGAAAGCGAGAGAAGGGGAAGCAGGAAGGCGGGCCAAAGGAGGCGGCUGUCGGAGAAGGCUGUCCUCGGCGGGCACCCAGAGCUGAGCCACAGCCAGACGGGGCAGUUGAGGAUGGUGACGAUCCGGAAAGCCCUGCCAAGGCCCUCCAGCCCCUGGGCACCCUCCCCUCCCAGGAAGCACCCGGGGAAGCCCAGCCACCCUCCUCCCAACCCGCUCCGAGUUUCCCGAUUCCCCACCAUGAGAUUUUGGGCUUCAUUCAAGAGCUGGGGGCAGCACAGGAGCGUCAGUCUCGCCACCGCCGGGAACGGAAAAAGGACCUUCGCAGCUGCCACGACUGCCUGAAGUCCGUCAAGACCUUGAAGGAGAACCUGCAGGAGGUCCAGGGGAGGCUCUGGAGGGUGGAAGCCAAGCUGGGCAUCUCCGUGCCCCCUCACGAGCUGGGCCUGGACCUGGAGGAGGACGAGAAGGAGCCCCCCAAGGAAGGAGGGGAGGGCGAGGAGAGCCCCCCGGCCUGGGUGCCCCCUCCAGUGCCCCCGCAGCCUGGAGAUGGGGCAGCGGAGCAGAGAAGCAGGCAGGAGGCUGGUGAAGAUGCCAAGCCAGAGGCGGAAGCAGGCGGACCCACGCCACCAUUCCACUGGCCGGGUGGGGCUUCCUGA